UUCAUAUCUCUCUCUCUCAAACUCUGGGAGGUCAAAUAUUUUGCCCUUCCCUCCUUUCAAACACCUCUCUCUCUCUCUCACACACACACACUCUCUCUAUCUCUCUCCAAGCUCUUGCAGUUUCUCGCCAUCUCUCUCACUCUCUCACUCUCUUCUCCUGUUUCUGUUUGUUUAAUUUUUUGCGUCCUUCAAAUCUGGACGGAUAUCCUCACAAACCAGUAAUUUCUGUGUCUUAUCUCUACUGGCCUCCGGCUUUUCUCUCUCCUUUACUUCCCUUAGAAGAGGAAAAAACGGUUUUGAAGCUUUGUAGCAAUGGACGGAGGUGGAACGUACAAUCCUCGGACUGUCGAGGAGGUAUUUAGGGAUUUCAAGGGCCGAAGAGCUGGCAUGAUUAAAGCUCUCACCACUGAUGUUGAUGAAUUUUUUCAGCAGUGUGAUCCUGAGAAGGAGAAUCUUUGCCUGUAUGGAUUUCCUAGUGAGCAGUGGGAAGUCAAUUUGCCUGCUGAAGAGGUGCCCCCAGAACUCCCUGAGCCUGCUUUGGGCAUCAACUUCGCCAGAGAUGGGAUGCAAGAAAAGGACUGGUUGUCCUUGGUUGCAGUCCAUAGUGAUGCAUGGUUACUUGCUGUGGCAUUUUAUUUUGGUGCCAGAUUUGGAUUUGAUAAAAAUGAUAGGAAGCGUCUAUUUAGCAUGAUAAAUGAUCUCCCGACAAUUUUCGAGGUUGUGACUGGAACUGCAAAGAAACAAGUAAAGGAAAAAUCGUCAGUUUCAAAUCAUAGCAGCAACAAAUCCAAGCCAAAUUCUAAAUCGCGAGGGUCUGAAUCUCAGGGCAAGUAUUCUAAAGGGCUUCCAAAGGAAGAGGAGGAGGGUUUAGACGAGGAAGAUGAAGAGGAGCAUGGAGAGACCCUGUGUGGAGCUUGUGGUGAGAACUAUGCUUCAGAUGAGUUCUGGAUUUGCUGUGACAUUUGCGAAAAGUGGUUCCAUGGAAAGUGUGUGAAGAUCACCCCAGCGAGGGCUGAACACAUCAAACAGUACAAGUGUCCGUCUUGCAGCAACAAGAGAGCACGUCCUUGAUGGCAUAAACAGAUGGAUUCUUACAAUCUGUAUGUUCUAAUGGUACACUUGGCUAACUGUGUAAUUGUAGGUUUUUUCUAGUCUGGUGCCCGUUGGGCACGUUGUGUAGGGGGUGCUUUGAUCUUGAAUGUGACUCUGGAACAGAAAUGCUACUUCUACUUCUCUGUAAGUCUUUAAAAUGCCCUUUGUUUAAUUUCAAGUAGGAUAUUAUUUUUUCCCCGGUA